AUGUCUGACCAAAAGGCCUCAUCAGGCAGGUGCCACGACCUAGGCCGUGUCGGAGGUGGCCCAUGCGGUGGACCUGUGCCUUUCAGGCCAGACGAGUGCGGCUCGGGCCAAACCUCACCAAGGCCCUCGCUCUUGGUGCCGGAGCAGGCUUGGGGAUCCCCCCCCGUCCAGGUCGACUUCCCCGCCUACCCGGUAGGUGCAGACGGAGGCGGCCCAGCCACACCGGCUGUUGGUGGUAGUGCGCCUCACGCGACAGCCGCAACGCCGACCGAGGACUUCAUCACUGCUUUCAAGAAGCCGCUCACGAUGCCUGCCUUGUCGUCACCUCCACGACUACGGCUAACCCAGGUGGCCAGAGCGCGGGUGGGGGAGUUGGACGACUCGGAUCUUGUCCCCAAGAGGAGCGCUAGGCUUGCCGCCAAGAGCAGGCACAGGGAACAGAAGCCGGAGGCUCAGGCGCGGAAGGUGAUGAUGAAAUGCCUGGGGCUCGAGGUGGAGACUGAGCUACCUAACGAAGCCUCCUUUGAGGAAUUCCAGACCGCCUUCAAACUCCCCUUGUCGACGUCGACGCGGGAAGCCAUGCAGGUCCUCUUCCCGGGCAGGAACCCGCGGACCUAG